UACAACAUUGACACGUGCGCUGUAACGUGGCGGCAGCGUCGACAGGUUGGUAUAUAAAAGCUGGGUCGUCAAUCGAGUACCGAGAAUCACUCCUUCAGCAUACUAUCGCUUCCUUAAAGAGCCCCCAAGAGAAUUUGGCACUUCAUUCACUGGAACAGUCAUUGCGAACAUGGCUACAAUGACUGAGACAAUCGAACUCCAGCCACGAGAGACUACUGCACCCAAAGACGAUGCCUCGGAUACAGCUAUCCUAAGCUCGCAGCAAACGUGGAAGAGUCCUUCCAUCAACAAGUACCGAGUGCCAGUUACUUUCUGGUCACUGGCUGUCACAGGGAUGAACGAUGCAUCCUAUGGCCCGCUUCUCCCGUAUCUUGAAUCAUACUAUGAUCUCAGCUAUCUCAUUGUCUCUUUGGUCUUUUUAUCGCCAUUUGUCGGAUACACUCUUUCGGCACUCAUCAACAAUUCAAUCCAUAUGAAGUUUGGACAGAGAGGAGUGGCAGUCAUGGCGCCCGCUGCUCAUUUGAUUUCAUACAUGAUUAUCUGUCUGCAUCCUCCUUACCCCGUCCUCGUCGUCGCUUUCAUUCUUGCAGGCUUCGGUAAUGGUCUGGUCGACUCAGCUUGGAAUGCCUGGGUUGGUGCGAUGCAGAAUGCAAACGAGAUAUUAGGACUUCUUCAUGGUGCUUACGGAGUCGGUGCCACUAUCGCGCCCCUGAUUGCAACAUCUAUGAUCUCAAAGGCCGGCCUUCCUUGGUACUCAUGGUACUAUGUCAUGAUUGGUGCCGCGACUAUUGAGCUGGUGACCUCUGUGCACGCUUUCUGGGGUGCGAGCGGCGCUGUGUACCGCUCCGCAACGUCCGGAGAAGAACACAAGGGCGGCCUCGCUCAAGUGACUCUGAAGAUGCCUGCAGCCCGAAUUACCUGGUUGUGUGCAGCAUUCCUUUUGUGCUACGUCGGAAGUGAAGUUGCUCUUGGUGGCUGGAUCGUGCAGUUCAUGCUUAAAGUCAGAGACGGCGAAGAGUUUGCAAGUGGUAUGGUCUCAGUCGGCUUCUGGCUCGGCAUCACAAUGGGACGUAUCGUACUUGGUUUUAUCACACCUCGCAUCGGCGAAAAGCUGGCAGUUUCAAUAUAUCUUCCCAUCGCCAUGGGUCUAGAGCUCCUUUUUUGGCUCGUGCCAUCGUUCUACGUUUCAGCCGUCGCAGUCAGCUUCCAAGGUUUCUUCUUGGGUCCGAUGUUCCCAGCCAUCGUCGUGGUUACGACCAAGCUGUUGCCGAAGCAUCUACACGUUCCCGCAGUUGGAUUCGCAGCUGCUUUUGGUGGUUCAGGCGGAGCCAUUUUCCCGUUUGCAAUUGGUGCUUUGGCGCAAGCCAAGGGUGUUCAAGUGUUGCAACCAAUCAUUCUUGCACUAUUCGGUGUGCAGUUUAUACUGUGGCUCUGUCUCCCCAGGAUUGGUCGCAAGAAGGACUAGAUACGGUUGUGUCCGAACGCUCUCUUAUUCGUAAAAAAUACUACACACUCCUCGCGAUGUGUUUGGAUACCUCGGACAGUCGACCAAUGUCUAAUGGCCCCGUCAAUUUACUCUUGGUGUAGCUCAGCGUUUGAAGACGUCGGGAGAGGUACCAGCAACCAAGUAAUUGCAGUGGCUGAAAUCAAGCCUACCAGCAUCGGCUGGAGUACCCAAACGCCCUUGUGAGAGCUGACGAGUCCUGUAAUGACCGGAAAUAACG